ACCAAGUAAGCAUCGUUAGUCUGCCCUCCCACUGCAGUCAUGUCUAAGUCAGAGUCUCCCAAAGAGCCCGAACAGCUGCAGAAGCUCUUCAUCGGAGGUUUGAGCUUUGAAACAACCGAUGAGAGUCUCAGGAGCCAUUUUGAGCAAUGGGGAACGCUCACGGACUGUGGGGUAAUGAGAGAUCCAAACACCAAGCGCUCCAGAGGCUUUGGCUUUGUCACGUAAGCCACUGUGGAGGAGGUGGAUGCAGCUAUGAAUGCAAGGCCACACAAGGUGGAUGGACGAGUUGUGGAACCAAAGAGGGCCGUCUCAAGAGAAGAUUCUCAAAGACCUGGUGCCCACUUAACUGUGAAAAAGAUUUUUGUUGGUGGCAUUAAAGAAGACACUGAAGAACAUCACCUAAGAGAUUAUUUUGAACAAUAUGGGAAAAUUGAAGUGAUUGAAAUCAUGACUGACAGAGGCAGUGGCAAGAAGAGAGGAUUUGCUUUGGUAACUUUUGAUGACCAUGGCUCCGUAGACAAGAUUGUCAUUCAGAAAUACCAUACUGUGAAUGGCCACAACUGUGAAGUAAGGAAAGCCCUAUCUAAGCAAGAGAUGGCUAGUGCUUCAUCCAGCCAAAGAGGUCGAAGUGGUUCUGGAAAUUUUGGCGGUGGUCAUGGAGGUGGCUUUGGUGGGAAUGACAACUUUGGUCGUGGAGGAAACUUCCGUGGUCGAGGUGGCUUUGGUGGCAGCCGUGGUGGUGGUGGAUAUGGUGGCGGGGAUGGCUAUAAUGGAUUUGGUAAUGAUGGAAGCAAUUUUGGAGGUGGCGGAAGCUACAAUGAUUUUGGAAAUUACAACAAUCAAUCUUCAAAUUUUGGACCCAUGAAAGGAGGAAAUUUUGGAGGCAGAAGCUCUGGCCCCUAUGGUGGUGGAGGCCAAUACUUUUCCAAACCACAAAACCAAGGUGGCUAUGGCGGUUCCAGCAGCAGCAGUAGCUAUGGCAGUGGCAGAAGGUUUUAAUUACUGCCAGGAAACAAAGCUUAGCAGGAGAGGAGAGCCAGAGAAGUGACAGGGAAGCUACAGGUUCCAACAGAUUUGUGAACUCAGCCAAGCACAGUGGUGGCAGGGCCUAGCUGC